ACAGCGGCGUCUGCGUCAACGAUUUAUUAUAUUACUCUGUAAUUAUUCUGCGUUCAAGAACGAAGGUCCCUUGCGUUUUCCACGAGCGUUUUACACGAAUAAACGUUGACUAACGUAAGUGAUGUCAUACUGCGGUAUUCAAGCACCACAUCCGGCGACGAAACAAAUCAGUCACUUGGCAGUUUUCUUGCAGAUCACCUUGUGAGACCUGAAGACCUUCCUAGAAAAAAUGCUACGCGCCAGUUUCAUCCUCGUUUUGACGAUCGUGCAACGCAGGCCGAUGGCAUACAACAUCGACGUGCUCAAUGCCAAGGUGUAUGAUGAUCCUGCACGUGUGUCAGGUGGGCGUCGCAGCUACUUUGGAUUUUCGGUGGCUCUUUACACCAGCCCAAGAGAGUCCUUGCUGCUCGUUGGAGCCCCCCGAGCCAACUCCAGCGGGUUGCCGCUGGUGACCGAGCCAGGAAUAGUCUUCAAGUGCUCGAUGAACGGCGUGUGUGAGGAGUGGGCGAUCGAUAAGACCGGGAACGGUCCGCGUCCUCGAGAGAGACUGGUCCAUCAGCUGAAAGACAACGCUUGGAUCGGCGCGACUGUCGUCGUAGAAAACAGGACCGAGCCGAGAGUUGUGGUUUGUGGACCGCGAUGGAUAAACAAUAUCGUGAACGGCAACAGACCCAACUGGCUCAUGAACGGUAUUUGUUAUACGACACGAAUCACCGAUGCUGAUGUAUUCGAGAGAGAAGCGGAGGAGUUAUUACUACCACUCUCGAAUCCUGAAGGUCAGACUACGUCGAAAAACAACAUAGGCAUCUACAACUACGGGAUGGGCCAGAUUGGCUUUUCCUUGCACGUGAACUCCCUGGGAGACGAUGCGAGGGUCACGUUCGGUGCCCCAGGCGUGUACAAUUGGAAAGGCGAUGCGAUAUUAAUUACUACCUCGUUAGACGGGUCAUUCUCGCGUACGAUAAUUCCCUCGCUCGCUAGAGAGCAACAGGUUCACAGUUACAAUUAUUUCGGAUACGCUGUAACAGCUGGGACUUACUUCAACGAGCAAGACACGUGGUACGCCAGCAGCGCGCCGAAAAGCGCCAACAUGUACGGGAAGAUUCUCGUAUUUGCCUUUCCCCCGAAAACUAAUCAGCGCAUGUUUAUCAAAAUGGUGAUACACGGUCAGCGAUACGGCGAGUUUUUUGGCGCCGCGUUAACGUCUUGCGACGUUAAUAACGAUCGCCGACACGAAUUAAUCGUCGGCGCGCCACAAUGGUCCAAGGACAUGGACGAAGGCCUCGUCUACAUCUUUACGGGGCAACGAAAUAACAAUUUCGAAGAGCUGCAGACGAUCGAGGGCGAGGUUGUCGGCGGUAGAUUCGGGUCGGCCGUGGCGUGUCUGGGCGACAUCGACUACGAUGGCUACGGGGACAUCGCCGUGGGUGCGCCCUACGAGGACGAGAGCGGCGGCGCGGUGUACGUGUUCAACGGGAACAGGGACGGCGUCUCCCGCAGGUACAGCCAGAGACUGAUCGGCACGCGAUUCUCACCGACGAUGCGAGGAUUCGGUAUCUCCAUCUCGGAACCCCGAGACGUCGACCGGGACAACUAUUCCGACGUCGCCGUGGGCGCUUAUCUAUCCGGUGAGGUGGUCCUGCUGAGAUCUGCGCCGGUCGUGACUGUGAACGUGACGUUGACGUAUCCGCAGGUCAGGUUGCUGCGGAACUCAACGUCCUUCCUCAUCGACAUCUGGAUGUCCUACGAGGGCGCAUACGUACCUCAGUAUCUGCGAUCUAUCGCGAUUCUGAAGGUUGAUCAAUUGCACGGCAGAGCUACGUAUCGCGCGCAAAGAAGUAACGACGGCUCGCAGACCUACAAGCUGCCUUACACCCUAUCUAAGUCUACGGUCGCGCAUAAUUCACUCGAGAUACAUCUCACGGAGAACAUCGGAAACAUCAUAGACCCGCUCGAAAUAUCGGUGUCCAUGCAGCUGGAGGACGACCUCGACGCCAGAAACGGAAGCUCCUCGUCUUGCGUAGCCUGCGUCGUGAUAAACAAGCAUCGCUCGAAGAUGGAAGAUCUGGUGAAGCUCCCGUUCGCGGUGGACUGCGGCGAGGACAACGUAUGCGUCUCCGAUCUCCGGGUCGCGUUGUCGAUCGACUCGACUCGGGGCGACAGGUACACCAUCGGUUCCGCGCCGACAAUCACCCUGCGCGUCGACGCUUACAAUCACGGGGAACCAGCGUACCAGACGAGGGUACGCGUCUUCACCGAGACCCUGCCAUUGGCGAGCGUCCCGCCCGAGUGCACGGAAAACCCUGGCGACGUCCUGGAGGUGACCUGCGACAUCGGCAAUCCCCUGAGAACGAAUAAAACACUGACGCUGCAGCUGGACACGAGUGCGAUAAGAUACGACGUUGGACAAGUGGAAUUGUGGGCAAAUAUAAGCACUCAGAGCGACGAGGCGAAUUGGGAUGACAAUAGUCAUGCCAUCACUGUGUACUUCGACGUGGACGUUGAUAUAGCCAUCGCCGGGAAGGCACAGGAGAACCUGUACUCGUAUUUACGCAACGAGGAAAACGGGAUGAGACUAAAUAGCGUCAGAUUCCAACACUUCUACGAGGUCCAAAAAUUCGGCGCAAGUCCUAUCGAGGAGGCGGUGUUGACCGUGAAAAUUCCGACCCAUAUUCGACAAUCCCAUGAUGCUGCAGAUGUAGCAAUCGUCAGUAUUAACGACACUACUGGCAGAAUGGAUGCGUAUCAAUUUUACUGCAGCGACUCGAACGAAACGGAUGAUGGGCUCUCCAUCGCGUCUAAACAAAUGGCGGAUAACGUGAUCCUGCUGAGUCCUGAAAAUAAAACGUACGCGAGGUUCAGUAUUGAGGAAGACACCCCGAUGAAUCUACCAUCUGAGAAUAGAACGCUUUACAUCAAUUGCACAAAUGACGCGGUUGAAUGCGCGAAGAUUGACUGCAGAUUGGGACCUUUUCUAAGUUCCUUGUCCGUUGCGAAGUUCUUGAUAACGCUAGAUCUCCAACUGUCGAAUUUUCCCGCUGACCUGAUGAAGAACAAAGAUAUCGUAUUUUACGUAACUGAAGGUAGCGUUACGAUAACCGGACCUCAUCUCAAUAUCACCCAAAGAGAAGGACAUAAACCGGAUACCGUUCUGGUUGCCACGACGUUCUUAGGCUCGCCGGUUGCUCAGCGAAUAGCCGUGUGGAUAAUAGCGCUUUCAGUGAUCCUAGGGAUUGCAUUGCUGAUAUUGUUGAUUCUGGGUCUAAUAAAGAUUGGCUUCUUUAACAGAAGGAAGAAGAUGGAACUCGAAGCGCUGAAAGCCGAGACUGACAAAAAGUAUAACGUGGUCCUGGAGACGACAUCUUCGACGGAAGUUCUUGAUCAUGACUGAGAGAAUACAUAUAAUUAAUAUAUUCUUAAUAUAUUUUAAUAUAUUUUAAUAUAUUUUAUUAUAUAUUAUAUAUAUAUAUAGGGUGUCCCAUUUUAAUACAUCCAGUCGAAUAUCUCGAAAACCAAGCCCGG